UACCGCGCCGUCCUCAACGACCAGUUCGGCCUCUCGCACUUCAACUGGCCGGUGCAGGGCUCCAACUACCAGGUCCUGCGCACCGGCUGCUUUCCCUUCAUCAAGUACCACUGUUCCAGGGCGCCCUGGCAGGACCUGACCGCGCAGAACCGCUUCUUCACGGCUCUCAAGGUCGUCAACCUCGGUAUUCCAACUUUAUUAUAUGGAAUUGGCUCCUGGUUAUUUGCCAGAGUCACAGAGACUGUGCAUACCAGUUAUGGACCAAUAACAAUUUAUUUCCUAAAUAAAGAAGAUGAAGGUGCCAUGUAUUGAAAGUAUGCAUUAGAGAAUACAAACACAGUAUCAGUGGAUUUUCUCUUGUAUGUGCAAUAUUUAUUUUUGAUCCUUUGAAAUAAAACUUUUACAAACACUUUUUUCUUUCUGUGGUGUCUAGUUCUUCAAGAUGAAUCAUUGCCCUCAAGCGGCAAAGCUUUUCAGAUGUUGUUAUAUAUUGCAUUCUCUGUUUAGCUAAUGGGAACUAGAAACACAUGAAGCCUCACACCAGUGUUUCCCUAGAACAAGGUUAAACUACAGAUAAAAAUGACUCUUAUGUAUAUAGAUUGUGUAGUUAGGCACCAACAAUUUAACUUGACUCUACAGAAAAAAUACAGAGGCCCACAAAAAGAAGAGGAAGAAAAUCUUUUACAUUAUUAGGUC